GUUAAAUAGUGCUGUAAUUACUGCUCUUCCAGGUCAAAUGGCUCCUCCCAGUCACCUGAUUCGAGUGGAGGGAAACAGCCACGCCCAGUACGUCGAGGACUCCAUAACAGGCCGCCAGAGUGUCUGGGUCCCUUAUGAGCCGCCCCAGGUGGGCACCGAGUUCACGACCAUCCUAUACAACUUCAUGUGCAACUCCAGCUGCGUGGGCGGCAUGAACAGGAGACCCAUCCUCAUUAUCGUUACCCUGGAGACCAGAGAUGGUCAGGUGCUGGGCCGCAGGUGCUUCGAGGCCCGGAUCUGCGCCUGCCCCGGACGGGACCGCAAGGCGGACGAGGACAGUAUCCGCAAGCAGCACGUGACGGAUGGGACUAAGAGCGGUGAGGCGUUCCACAAGGCCUCACACAACAUCCAGUUGCCUUCCAUCAAGAAGAGACGAGCUACAGACGAUGAGACUUUCUGCCUGGCGAUUAAAGGGCGUGAGAUCUAUGAAUUUCUGGUGAAAAUUAAGGAGUCCCUGGAGCUGAUGCAGUUUGUGCCCCAGCAGACUAUUGAGGCAUACAGACAGCAGCAGCAGAAUCUCAUCCAGAAACAGCCCAGGAACUCCAUGCCCGCCCAGCCGGCGUUCCCGUCCAGCUCCCCCCCGCACGGCAAGGUGAACAAGCUCCCCUCCGUCAGCCAGCUCAUCAAUCACCAGCCACGGGGAUCCCUCACGCCAUCAAACAUGCCAGGGGGGCUCACCGACAUAUCCCCCAUCAUGGGCACGCACCUCCCCAUGGGCCCGGACUUGGGGGCCCUGAGCCCCACCCACGUCAUGCAGCCUCAGCUGCCAAUGGUGACCACCUCUCACUGCACGCCACCCCCACCAUAUCCCAUCGACACCAGCAUCUCCAGCUUCCUGGUGAGGCUGGGCUGUUCUUCCUGCCUGGAAUAUUUCACGGCACAGGGCCUGAGUAACAUCUAUCAGAUCGAGAACUACGCCAUGGAGGAUCUCUCUCGGCUGAAAAUCCCCGCCGAGUUCCAGCACGUCAUCUGGAAGGGCAUCCUGGACCAUCGACAGGCAUCCGAAUUCUCGUCCCCGCUGCAAAUCCUGCGGCCGGUCUCCUCCUCGGCCCCAUCGUCUGCGGCGGUGGGCGUGGCCUCUGGAGAGACUCGGGGGGAGCGCGUCAUCGACGCCGUGCGCUUCACGCUCAGACACACCAUCUCCAUCCCGCCGCGCGACGACUGGAGCGACUUCCCCUUCGACACAGACACCCGUCGCAGCAAGCAGCGCAUCAAAGAGGAGGGCGAGUGA